CCACAUUUGACUCUUCCGGGCAAAACUACUUUUUAAAUGACGAACAUGCGCCGGGUGUUUUCCUUCAGGGGAUGCGGUUUCCCAGCUGGAAAACCUAAAUUUUUUACUCCCAAUCUGAGAUACAUCCAGUCUUCAGCCUUUAAUGCAGGGUUGGCGAGACCUAGACUUGAAAAAGAUGACAGAGACAGAUUGCGGCGAGAUCUUGAACUAAUUGUUGGAGAGAAGAACGUCUCUUCAAGUGAAUCUGUUCUAGCUCAGCACGGACAGGACGAAGGACCGCAUAAAGGUUUACCUCCAGAUUUUGUAGUCUGGCCAUCCAGUACUGAGGAGGUUUCUGAGAUCUGUAAAGUUUGCACUGCAGGAAGGAUUCCAAUCAUUCCUCAUGGAACAGGAACAGGAUUAGAGGGAGGAACUACAGCUGUAGCUGGAGGAGUAGCUGUCAAUGUAACCAAGAACAUGGAGAAUAUUGAAGCUGUUUAUCAUGAAGAUUUCACUGCUAUAAUCCGUCCUGGAGUUACAAGAGAAGGAUUGAACCAGGAUGUGAAAGCUGCUGGUCUGUGGUUCCCAGUCGAUCCUGGAGCUAAUGCGUCUAUAUGUGGUAUGUGUGCUACUGGAGCUAGUGGAACCAAUGCUGUGAGAUACGGAACCAUCAGGGAGAAUACGUUGAACCUGGAGGUUGUGUUGGCGGAUGGAAGGAUUGUAGAGACGGGAGGGAAAGGAUCAAGACCAAACAAGACCUCUGCUGGAUAUAACCUGACAGGAUUGAUGGUUGGCUCUGAGGGGACCUUGGGCAUUAUUACAAGAGCAACUGUUCGUCUUCACGCUAUACCUGAAUCCAUAGCUGCCGCUGUCGUCAGUUUUCCAACAGUCCAGGCUGCAGUAGACACUGUAGUGAGUACACUCCAGUGUUCUAUCCCUCUAGCUCGGAUAGAGUUCUUGGACGAGGUUCAGAUGAUGGCCUGUAAUAAGUACAGUGGACUUGACUAUCCAGAGGUCCCACACUUAUUCUUAGAGUUUCAUGGAUCCCAGAGCGAAGUCGAAGCUCAAGCUGCUAUGGUAAAUGAGAUUUCAAACGAGUUUGGAGGAGGUGAAUUUGCCUGGGCUUUACAACAAGAAGAUCGAACUAAACUUUGGACAGCUCGUCAUAGAGCGUAUUACGCGGAUGUUGCACUGCGUCCAGGAUGUAGAUGCGUCACAACAGACGUUUGUGUUCCUGUCUCCGCUCUGCCGGAGAUGAUCAGGGAGACGAAGGCGGAUAUUGAGAAGAACGGAUUGAUUGGUCCCAUGGUGGGCCACGUGGGAGAUGGAAACUUUCACACCAUGCUGCUGUUUGAUCCUGAGGAUCAGGAGGAGUAUAAGAGGUGUAAGGAGGUCGCUAACAGGAUGGGAAUGAAAGCCCUGACUCUCGGUGGAACGUGUACCGGCGAGCAUGGGAUAGGAUUGGGUAAGAUCGGGUUGUUAAAAGAACAGUUUGGGGAGGAAGGUAUCUCAAUGAUGAAGAACAUCAAGGCGGCCCUGGAUCCAUUGAACAUUAUGAACCCCGGCAAAGUUAUCUAAAUUUAUUCCAGACUUGUCGUAGACCAGCUUAUAUUAGGACUUCGGAGACGAAUACAGAGAUCUUGAAAGAGAGAGGGUGUAAAAAAGUCGCCCCCCCCCCCCACUAAUUGCGCCCAUCAAGUACUUAGUUUCCAGUGGAUAGAUAGUGUUCAUCAUAUCAAAAAUCAUUAGCAUUGUCCUGCGGAGUGCAUAUCAAUGUUACAUCCAUUGAUUAUUAUUGACUGUAUUUACCUUGCUAAGCAUUAAUUGAAUAUAUAUUCAUGUAUUUAUACCUAACAUAAACAAUGUAGUUUUACAAAUGUUUUACUCAUAGAUUUGCUUGUGAUUUUUUAUGCACAUCGUGACAUCAUGCUUCUAUAUUUCUCAUAAAUAUUCUUAUGUAUUUUACAUAGAGACAUGCCUAAUACAGCAUAACGCAUAGAUAUUUCCAUGAAUUAUACACAAAUGUGAUCAAUGUAAGUAACUAUAUUAUACGAAAUUGAUAGCCUAGAAGUUGGAAAUAAAUGAAAAUAGAGAAGUAGUGGAAAUUAGGUUGGUUCAACUUUUAGUUUCAGGUAAAAAAUGCUCCUGAAACUUAUGAAAUUGGAGAUAUAUAAGUAAUAUUGAAUACUAAUAAAUUUAUAUUUGUUGUGAAA